GAGUCUUGCAUGGUCCCUGGAUCGUGGCUCGACUUCUCAUUGCGGAGGCCCAUGGGGGAGGAAAGGGUCUGGCCCAGCUCGGUGCUACCCGCGUGGCAUCAUGUACUCACUCGCGCCUUCGAUCGCUUGGUCCAACGCUUGUCUUGUCACAUUCAUAUGCCGCUAGGGUCGGCAGAUGGAGAAGGGUGUAACGCAGAUUGAGCUGGUCGUUUGAUUCGAGACAAGAAAAGGGAGCCCCUGGGGGCCGCGCUCCGGGGAGGAAAGCACCGAACGGAGAAAAGUGGAAUGCAACGCCGGGUGAGAUACUUACUUCCGGGUCAUCCACGAGAUACUCGUAGAAGGGAGUGUCGUCGUUUGGCGUGUGCGUCAUCGUAUCGUCUUGCCGGGGGUGGCGAGGGGUCUUGGUUCGAUUGGAGAACCCCCUUUCUGAAUCCCACCGUCCGGCCCCAAAGCAACGCAAAGCCGUUGGUGAUUUAUACAGGUUUUUUUUGCUUUUUCGAAUCUUCGACCUUAUUCCCGUAUCUGCUUUCCAAUCCCGGUACCGAGGGAAAAGGCCUCCUAUCCGCGAGUGGCCAAGAUCGGGCGAGGAAGAGCAAGCCAGCCACGCUUGGGAGACUCCGGACUAGGCGUGCGGCCAGACAAUCCCAGUGUACGCAGGCCGCCGUUAGAAAGAACCAGACGAGCGUCUGGCCAGUAGUUCCGGAGCGGACGCCACGGUCUUCCCAGGGAUUGCCCAAGAACAGUGGGCAAUCGGGAGACAACUUGUGGCGCGGGAUUCACCCGUAUACCGUCCCCGUGGAGUGACUUUGGUCCCUAGGCGGACCACACCUUCCCAGAACUAGGGUUCCGAUAGAGUCAGCCGACCACGACAGCUGCUCAAGUGAAUCGACUCUGUCGUAGUGUUCA